ACCCGCAGCAUCAUGCACAGCAGCCCUACUUUGACCAGGAUCAGGCACAGCCAGUGCCGUACGUACCACGUGGCAAUUUGGUGAUGGGAGCGCCUCCACGACAGCAGCAGGUACAGCCAUCUUCUCCACCACAACCGAUGCAAGAGGAGCAGCAUGGGCAACAGGCGGGAAGUCCUUCUUUACAUGAACAUGACGAAGAUCCUUCUGACCUUCCUCCAGAACGACAAGGGCAACAUCCUCCAGAACGAGAAGGGCAACAUCCUCCAGAACGACAAGGGCAACAUCUUCAAGGACUAACUCUCCCAGAGAUUCCGCCUUUCCCCUUCCCGGACGCGUGUCAGGAAGAUCAUCCGUUGGACUCGCCAUUGGGAGAGAACAAGCGAGGUCCAUUGGUAUCAAAUGACGACAAGGCGCAAGCAGAAGAAGAUCAUCUGCAGCAAACUUCAGCUAAAAAACAAAAACGGGUGUUGCCACCUUUUCCUGCCAUGGUUAAUACUCU